AUGUCCCUACAGAGUCUGAUCACACAGAAGAAUCAACUGGAGAAGGAGCUGGUGGAGAUCGAGAAGGAAAUCUUCGAACUUGAGACCUCUUACCUGGAGGACACGCAACAGAACGGCAACAUCCUCAAAGGAUGGGACGGGUACUUCCAGAACAUGGCCCAGCAGCGAGGGAACGCGCGGCAGAUGAAGAUCAAGAACCAGGACAGGGUGUUCUCCCAGUCUUCGCUAUCUGCUCCCAAGGGGGAGGGGGACGAUGAGCCUGUCAUGAACAGCACAGGAACACGGAAAGAUGUGCACAAGUCUCGGCGAGAGAAACGCGGUGCAGACUCGAAGCUGCCGGAUCGAGCAAAGCUGGGUAGGAGGAAGAGGAACGAGGGAGAUGAGGACGAUGAUGAUGAGGAAGACUGA